AUCCCUGAAUUAGCACUGAACAACACAACGUGUUGGAUGAAAAUAUUCAUAUAUACAUUGAUCAAACAAAGCUCAAGAACUGAAAUUCUUUGUUCAUUUUGUCUUUCCCUCACGAGCUAGGCUGGUGUUGCAUGGAUCUGACAAUAGCUAAUGAAGGUGGCGUGCAGCGCGACUACAGAAAGGGGAACUGGAACCUUCAAGAAACGAUGGUUCUGAUCGAGGCCAAGAAAAUGGACGACGAGCGGCGGAUGAAGCGAGUGGGAGACAGCACGGAGAGGGGGAAGCCGGCGGAGCUGCGGUGGAAGUGGGUGGAAGAUUACUGCUGGAGAAAGGGGUGUUUCAGGAGCCAGAAUCAGUGCAACGACAAGUGGGACAAUCUGAUGAGGGAUUUCAAGAAAGUGAGGGAGUUUGAGCGGAGAGCCGCCGACAAGUCUUAUUGGAGAAUGGACAAGAUUGAGAGGAAAGACAACAACUUGCCCUCAAACAUGCUGCCGCUCAUAUACGAGGCGCUCGUCGCCGUCGUCGACAGGAAACCUCAAACAACCACGCCGCCGCCGCCACCCAAUGUGCCCACCACUCUAAUUAAUGUUGAAAAAUCUACCGCCCCUUCUUUGGGUGUCCAGUCUCCUCUUCACCCUCCGGCCAUUCUUCCUCCGCCGCCCACCUCUGCUCGCCCAUUCCCUACAGAAGAUUCCGACACUAGUGAGUACUCGGGUUCAGCAGCGAAGAGAAGAAAGAGAAGAGACGGCGGUGAAGGAGGAGAAGUAGGGUCUGCAAUAUCAAAGGGUGCCUCCAUCAUUGCAGAAGCAAUUCAGUCAUGUGAGGAUAGAGAGGAUGAAAGGCACAAACAAAUGGUGAAUUUGCAUGAGAGGAAACUGCAAAUUGAGGAAACCAAGGCUGAGAUCAAUCGACAAGGCAUUAAUGGACUCGUCGACGCCAUUAACAAGCUCGCCAAUUCUAUGCUUGCUUUGGCAGCCCACACAACCAAACCCUCUUCAAAAUAACAUCAUUAAUUCUUAUCCACAUGUAUUCAUAUACUCAUUGGUAUUAAUGGUACAUAGAUUUAGAUUAAUCAUCUAUCUCUUAUUUUCAUUUAAUUCUCAUGAUCGAUUAGGUGACGUCGUCUGACAAUGUGGGUGUGCCACGUGGCGUUGUGUGAGGGAAAAAGGUGAUAGUCAAAGAAGCUAGGAGAGAGAAAAAAUAGUCAAGAUUUGAGUACACUGCAGCAUCAUUGCAGAGUAGCGUUAUUAUUGGUGUCAGUGUUGUUGUUUUGUCAAGGGCCUGCCUGCCUACACUCUCUCACUCACUCUUGUGUGUGUCAAAAUAGGGUUGUAAACGAAUCGAAUCUAGUCGAAUAUC